UCUGCGAUCGAGUGCUGUGAAUGCGACGAUCCAGAACGUCAAGAGAUUUACGAGCAAGAACGACAAACUUUUGAAGACAAAUAUUACUUGGUGAAGUCGAAAAUGGACGCCUUACUAACUGGGCCUAUUAUUACCGCACGAUUGUCAACAGAUCAUCAACAGCUUAGUUCGACCUUGAAUCACGAUACCAUGUACAAGAAACCACGCGUUAAGUUACCUCAACUGGAAUUACCAAGGUUCGAUGGUGAUAUUCGGCAAUGGCCGGCAUUCAAGAAUAUCUUCAUGGCUUCCGUAGAUGACACCGACAUACCAGUGGUCAACAAAUUACAAUAUCUGAAGUCGUCACUCACGGGAGAAGCAGCGAUCCUUAUAUCCUCAUUGCUAGUGACGGAGGAAAAUUAUACCAAGGCCAUGGAAAUUCUAUCAAGAAGCCAUCAUCCAAAUCCAAGAUGCAUCCGGAAAGUGGAUAAACGCUCGAGCUCUCCUGGACGCAGGUAGCGAGGUCAACAUUGCUACCCACAGACUGGCAUCCAUGCUUCAGCUUGCAUGUAAAGGUGAUAUUUGUAAUAUUAGUGGCAUAGGUAACACCCAAAAACAAUCUCAAAUGAGUAUACAUACUAGUAUUUCUUCACGUUAUACUAACUACAAGGCUGAUCUCACAUUCAUUGUGUUGGAUAAUAUAGCAGUGCCGCUACCACACAACUAUAUACCUACACAUACCUGGCACAUACCAACUAAACAAGCACACACGCUUGCUGACCCUACUUUUUUCAUACCUAGCUCAAUUGACUUGCUUAUUGGAGCUGAGCUCUUCUACUCCAUACUACUGACAGGACGUAUAAAACUUGGUUCAUGCUUACCUUUCUUAAUUGAAACUACCCUAGGAUGGGUUGUAUCAGGUUCUUACAUUCCUGAUUCUAGUGAGCUUACUUCUGACUGCACUACACCUGUUAGCAUGCAUUUAUCACCUACUCCCACAGAUGGCAUACUCCAAUCUUUCCGGGAACAGGAGGAAGUACUGUCUACACAAAAGUUAAUCUCUCCUGAUGACAAAUACUGUGAGGAGUUGUACACCUCAACCACUACACAGAAUAAUGAUGAUAUAAUAUCUACUGCUCAAGUGGUUAAUAUUUGCUCUACAACAGGUAUUAAUUAUUCAUUUUUCUAUGAGCAUUUUAAAAGGUUUUCUAGCUAUACUAACUUGUCUAGAUCAAUUUCAUACUUAUUCAGAUUCAUACA